AUGGAAGGUGAAAAGCAAGCACUCAAUACACCACAAAGUAAUCAAAAACGAUGUCGAAGGAGUAUACAUGAUUUCGUAGAUGACAUUAUAUUCGAGAUACUAACGUGGCUACCAGCCAAGUCUCUUAUGAGAUUUAAAUGUGUUUCGAAAUCUUUGAACAGUUUGAUACGAUACGAUGUCAACUUUGUGAAUUACCACAUUGCUCGUUGUUCUAUCUAUCGUCCCCGCCUCUUAUUUGAAGUACGUAUAAAAAUACCUUAUUUAAUUCCACACCACACGAAUAUUGGUAAGUCCACAGCACAUCUUGAAAAAUUCCCUUUACAACUUGUUGGUCCUCUUAAUUAUUUUCACCACAGGGAGAAUUUUCAUAUAUGUUCAAAUCAUUGCAAUGGUCUUGUUUGUUUGUAUAAUCGUAAAGAGAGUCAAGGUUACUUGUAUAACAUAACAACAGGAGAAAUAAAAGCAUUGCCAUUCUCGUUGGGAUAUAAAAGUGAUUGGGUUUUUGCACGUUUGUAUCUGGGAUAUGAUUCCAACAUAAAAAGAUACAAAUUGCUUCGCGAUCGUAUUUACUACAAGAAAAGGCCAUGUUUGAAGAUUCGAACUCUAGGAACCAACACAUCAUGGAGAAGAAUUUGCGAUGAAAACAGCCCUAGUAAACUUUACAACUGCUAUUGUGAUUGUGUCUUUGUCAAUGGGGUGUUUUAUUGGACUUCCCGUGACCUAAAUACCAUCACUUAUUUCAACGUAACCAAUGAGAAGUUUGGAAGUCUUUCACCUCCACACAAGAGUCGAGUGAGUGAAAUUCAAACUGCACUAUGCGGAAAGUUGAUUGUGUACCCACCUGACCAACCUAAAAACUGCAAUUUGGUGUACGAUGAGGUCAAUAAGGUUUUCACUAAAUUUCAAUAUGAUUCCGAUGCAGUGGAGGAGAAACUUGCCUUUCUUGAAGCAGAAAACGUUGACAAGAGAACAAUGGAUCCAAAAUCCAUUUUGGCAACUUCGAGCCUUAUUAGCAACUCAACAUAUUUGGUGUUUUCUUACGAUUUUGGAUCAAGACAUGUUAGUAGGUUUGUUGAAAAUAUUAUCCCAUUAAAUUUUAUUAUUAACGAUUAGUUUCUAGAUUGCUACAAAACUUACUUACUUUGAAUAAAUACUUAUGUAUUAAUUAUAACUAGGUAAACUAACCGCGCCAACUAUCUCUAUUAACUUACAUUUUUUAAACAAUGUUUCACAUUUGAAUUGAUGUCUCAGCAAGUCCUUCAAAAUCGUUCAUGAUACUAAUUUGCA